AUGAGCUCUGAAUCUCUACUCCAACACCUCCAACGUUUCAUCCAGCGCCCGAACCAAAUCAAACAAAUCCAUUCCCUCCUGAUCACCGGCGGCCUCCUUCUCCAUAACCACUAUAGCACAGCUUCAAAAUGGAAAACCACCCUCCUUUACAACACCUUAAUAAGAGCCUAUCUCAACGUAAAGCCGUUUCACCACUCACUCUUACUCUUCACCCGCAUGCUUGGACAUCAAACACCCCCCAAUUCCCACACUUUCCCUUCCCUUUUCAAAGCAGCCGCUGCUGCAUCUCUCUCCUUGGCUUCCCUCACUUGCGCACCCCUCCAUGCACAGGCCUUGAAACGCGGGGUAUUAAGCGACCCUUUUGUGCAAACAUCAUUGCUUGGAGUGUAUGCUAAACUCGGUAGGUUAAGUAAUGCGAGUAAAGUGUUUGAAGAAAUUUUUAACCCUUGCAUUGUCGCGUGUAAUGCAAUGCUUGAUGCUUUUGGGAGAAAUGGCGAUAUGGGUUCUGCUCUUUUGCUCUUUGAGAGCAUGAUUGAAAAGGAUGUGGUGUCUUGGACAAGUGUUAUUAAUGGUUUUGCAAGGAGUAAACAGUUUAAGGAGGCGAUUCGGGUUUUCGAGAAUAUGAUGGAAUUUUGGGUGAAACCGAAUGAGGCUACUUACGUUAACGUGCUCUCUUGUUGUGCUAAUUCAGAAGGGGGAGGUAGUCUUUAUCAAGGUAAGCAGAUACAUGGAUAUAUGCUCAGAAAUGAGGUUGUUAUGACUGUUUAUAUGGGAACAGCGUUGAUUGAUUUUUACGGGAAGAAAGGUUGUUCAGAGACUGCCGUGAGAGUUUUCAAUCAAAUGUUGGUCAGAGAGGUUUUUACUUGGAAUGCAAUGAUCUCCUCGCUCGCAUGUAAUGGCAGAGAAGAGAAGGCAUUGGACAUGUUUGAGAAGAUGAAGGUGGAGGGAGUGUGUCCCAAUGAGGUUACCUUAGUUGCUGUUCUUACGGCUUGUGCUCGCACCAAGAGAGUGGAGUUGGGUUCUGAACUCUUUCAGUCAAUGUCUUGUCAAUACGGCAUUGUGCCAAUGAUGGAGCACUAUGGGUGUAUGGUAGAUCUUCUGGGCAGAGCAGGACUUCUGACUGAAGCAACUGAGUUUAUAGGGACUAUGCCAUUUCAACCUGAUGCAUCAGUUCUGGGAGCUCUUUUAAACGCUUGUAAGAUUCAUGGCGCCAUUGAACUUGGGAAUGAAGUUGGGAGAAAGUUGCUUGAGUUGCAGCCACGACAUUGUGGGCUAUAUGUAGCAUUGUCUAGCAUAAACGCUGAUCUGGAGAGAUGGGAUCGUGCAGCUGACUUGAGGAAAGCAUUGGUAGAGGCUCGGAUCAGGAAAGUUCCAGCUUAUAGCUUGAUUAGUUCCAUGUAAAGAGUCAUGUCAAAUGCAGUAGAUGUGUCUAAAUUAAUCACAUGGAUUCUGCAGUAGAGAUAUGCUGCUGGUAAAUAUUGAAA